UCCAUUUAUUACAAAAUGCACGCAGAGAUUUACAACCACACUUUCUCACCUGGGCCACCUCGGUGCACAGGGAGCAUAAAUGCUCGUGAACUGCGCUUCUCUCGAGCAAUGAUCUUUGCCAUUGAGGAGAUAAACAACAGCACUGAGCUGCUGCCUGGCAUCAAGCUUGGUUACCAUAUCCAUGACUCUUGUGCUGCUGUGCCAGUGGCGAUGUAUGCGGCCUUUCAGCUGUCAAGUGGGAAGGACACAGUGUUUUUUAAAGAUAGCAACUGUUCCAAGUCUGGUAUGGUGGCAGGUGUUAUUGGUGGGUCUGGAUCCACACCAUCUAUUGGUAUAUCCCAGAUUAUUGGAUCAUUUAACAUUCCUCAAGUUAGCCACUUUGCUACGUGUGCUUGUCUGUCAGAUAAGAGGCAGUUUCCAAAUUUCUUCAGAACAAUUCCCAGUGAUGCAUUUCAGGCCGAAGCCCUGGCCAAGCUGGUGAAACACUUUGGCUGGACGUGGAUCGGCACUAUCUGCUCUGAUUCAGACUAUGGCAACAACGGGAUGGCCUCUUUUCUUCAAGCUGCUCAAAAGGAGGGGAUCUGUGUGGAGUUUUCUGAAUCUUUUUACCGGACCAACCCAAAUAGCAAAAUUCAAAGGAUAGCAAAUGUGAUCCGCAGGGCAACGGCCAAGGUAAUUGUGGCAUUUGCUUCUUCUGGAGAUAUGAAAGUCUUGCUGGAAGAACUUGCCAGAAAACCUUCACCAUCUCUUCAGUGGAUUGGUAGCGAGUCCUGGAUUACAGACCCAAACUUGCUGAAGUUUGAUUUCUGUGAAGGGGCCCUUGGAUUUGGGAUUCCAAAAUCAGUCAUCCCAGGAUUGAGAGAUUAUUUGCUAAAUCUUUCUCCGUCAGAAGUUGCUGCAUCUCAUCUCCUGACGGAGUUCUGGGAGGAUGCAUUCAAAUGCAGACUGCAAAAAAAUGUUUCUGAAGGAGAACUUGUCUGUGAUGGAAGUGAAGAUCUAAAAAAGCUUCAGAGUCCAUACACAGAAACCUCCCAGCUAAGAAUCACCAACAUGGUGUAUAAGGGUGUGUAUGCAAUAGCACAUGCUAUUCACAGGGUUGUGUGCCCAGAAAUAAAUUUUAUAACCAAGUGUGACAAACAUUUGAUGUUGGAAUCAAAGCAGGUUUUAGCUGCACUAAAGAAAGUAAAUUUUACCCAGAAUGGCUAUUCUGUGUCUUUUGAUGCUAAUGGAGAUCCUGUUGCUAUUUAUGAACUGGUGAACUGGCAGAAGGGUGAGAAUCGAAAUAUUGAGUUGGUAACAGUAGGAUACUAUGAUGCAUCCCAGCCAAUAAACAAAGGAUUCCAUUUAUACACUAAUCCAACCUGGGUGGAUGGCAGAGAACAAGUGCCGGUGUCAGUGUGUACUGAUAGUUGUCCUCCAGGAACUCACAAAGUGCUGCAAAAAGGCAGACCGAUCUGUUGCUAUGAUUGCAUACCAUGUCCUGAGGGAGAGAUUAGUAACACUACAGAUUCCUCUGAUUGUUUCCCAUGCCCCAUAGAAUUCUGGCCAAAUGCAGAAAGAGACUCAUGCCAUCCCAAACCAGUCGAGUUUCUUUCUAUUAAUGAGACUCUGGCAAUCAUCCUGGCUUUCUUCUCUGUUGGUGGAGCAUGUCUGGCCAUCUUAACAGCAGCAGUUUUUUUCUAUCACAGAACAACCCCAAUAGUACGGGCCAACAACUCAGAGCUGAGCUUCCUGCUGCUCUUCUCUUUGACUCUGUGUUUUUUAUGUUCCUUAACUUUCAUCGGGGCUCCCACUGAGUGGUCUUGUAUGCUGCGUCACUCAGCUUUUGGCAUCACCUUUGUUCUUUGUAUCUCCUGUGUGCUUGGAAAAACCAUAGUGGUCUUGAUGGCCUUUAAAGCUACACUGCCAGGUAGCAAUGUCAUGAAAUGGUUUGGUCCUCCACAACAAAGACUGACUGUAGUGUUCUUUACGUUUGUUCAAGUAUUAAUCUGCACAGUUUGGCUUGUACUGAGGCCUCCAUUUCCAAUGAGAAAUUUCUCCACGUACAAAGAGCGCAUCAUCCUGGAGUGUGCUUUGGGCUCUGCCAUUGGGUUCUGGGCUGUGUUGGGGUACAUCGGACUUCUGGCUGUGUUCUGCUUUGUGUUAGCUGUGCUGGCUCGGAAACUGCCGGACAAUUUUAACGAAGCCAAGUUUAUAACAUUUAGCAUGUUGAUUUUCUGUGCAGUCUGGCUCACCUUCAUACCAGCUUAUGUCAGCUCUCCUGGAAAAUUCACAGUAGCUGUGGAGAUAUUUGCUAUCCUUGCCUCCAGUUUUGGAUUAAUAAUGUGUAUAUUUGCUCCAAAGUGCUUUAUCAUACUGUGUCAGCCUGAAAAAAACACAAAAAAAUAUUUAAUGAACAAACAUUAAUUGUUUGGAAUAAUUUACAUGUGUAAUUAAUGCUUGGGAACAUUUAGAUAAUUGAGUUACACAUCUUUUAUGGACAAAUAAACUUGUAUUUGUUUAAAAGC